AUGUACUUUAAACACGUUCUGCUUUGACUUCAAUUAUGAAGUGGAUUAUUUUACUUUCUUUGUUUGCAGUGGCAUUCACUGCCCCUUUCGAGGAGGAGGAUAAAAUCGUUGGAGGUUAUGAGUGCAGAAAGAAUGGGGUUCCCUAUCAGGUGUCACUGAAUGCUGGCUAUCACUUUUGUGGAGGCUCUCUGAUUAGCAAUCUGUGGGUCGUGUCAGCUGCUCAUUGUUAUAAGUCGCGUAUUGAAGUGCGUUUGGGUGAGCACAACAUUGACACCAACGAAGAAACCGAGCAGUUUAUUAGCUCAGCAACGGUCAUCAAACAUUCAAGUUACAGCGGCAGCACUCUCAACAAUGACAUCAUGCUCAUCAAGCUCAGCCGGGCUGCCACCCUGAACAGCUAUGUGAAAACUGUGGCUUUGCCAUCCAGCUGUGCUUCUGCUGGUACAAAAUGCCUUAUCUCUGGAUGGGGAAACACUCUCAGCAGUGGCACAAACUACCCUUCCAAUCUGAGGUGCUUGGAUGCACCAAUCCUGAGUGACACCAGUUGCAGAAAUGCUUACCCUGGUCAGAUCACUUCCAACAUGUUCUGUGCCGGCUUCCUCGAGGGAGGCAAAGACUCUUGCCAGGGAGAUUCUGGUGGUCCAGUCGUGUGCAACGGUCAGCUGCAGGGUAUCGUGUCCUGGGGUUAUGGCUGCGCUCUCAAGAACAAGCCCGGUGUCUACACUAAAGUCUGCAAAUACACUGCCUGGAUCAGGGACACCAUGAACCGAUAUUAAUUUCUUCAGUUGGUGCAUUUUUCGACAUUUUAGUGCUCAUUACAACAAUAGAAAAAUGUCUAAAUAAACUGAAAACCUUUUACCUCUG